AUGCUCGUAGAGUACAGCGAUGAGGAGGAGGAAGAGGAGGAGGAGAUAAGCAACAGCGGGGAUGAGCAGCGCCAGAUAUUUGGCCCUGAACCCGCGCCGCUGCAGCAGCGCUCUCGAUGGAGCGACAGCAGUAGCGGCAGCGAUGAAGCCAGCGACGAUGAGGUGGUGGAGGUGGCAGGACCAGCUGCCCGAGGGAGAGGGAAGGGCGCAGCAGGAGAAGCGGACCCGUUCCCCCCGCUGCCAGUAUCGAUGCAACGGGAUCUGACUGACUGGCUCAAACCUUCGGAGUCCUCCACCAAGGCGCGUGAGAGAGCGGCGGCGAAAAGGGCACGUGAUCGAGCGGCAACCGUCGUUGACAACGCCAAGACUUCAACGGCACCUGCCAAGAACGCCACGAUCACUAGAGAAAGGAGCUUUGUGUCCAACGAGAGCCGUAGAGAGGCGUACCACGCCAACAAGAAGCCCAAAAGUGGAGCGAAACCCUUCAAGCACAAGCCCCAGCAUAGAGUCUCACCCUUGGAUCGAGUCAAAGAGUUCCCGGGCCAAGGGUUGGUUCGCUUGGACAACGGCAAGCUGGGGUGCUCUGUCUGCAACUUCAAGGAGUUACAGCUCAAGUGGAGCAACGUCAGGGACCACUGCAGGAGUCAUAGGCAUACGGUGCGGCUGGCCGCAGAGCCAGCGAAGAAGGCUGAGGACGAGGGCACGCUGCGUGCCUUCGGAAUCAUGUCGAAAGCCAAGGGGGGGAUGUACGGUGACACCCUGAGCGACCGUGACAAGCUCCUGCAGGUGAAGUUGGUGGCUGGAUGUUUGUCGGCAGGCAUCCCGCUUCAUGCCCUUGAGGACCCGCAGAUGAAGGCCUUCUUCGACUUCGCGAACAUCCGCGCGCCGGGACGCAGUCAUCUUGCCAAGCACGUCCCGUUCCUGCUGCGCAAAGAGGUGCCUUGACACGACCUUGUCGGAGCUUGGGAACGGGAAUUACACGGUGUGCUUCGACGCCACGCCGUACCGUUGCGAAUGCUUCGGCAUCGGACUACG